CAGUCAUGACAUCGUCUGAGCCUGAUGAUGUCACAAUACUCUGCUGUAGUCAAAAAGGCUGACGGAGCAGGAGAUGACAAACAUUUCUCAAGUGGAUUUGAGAAAGCGACUUCAAAAUGAGGAUCCUAGUGAUGACUUUUAUUGUUUUUUAUGUCCUUGUCCAAGGACAUUGUGGGCAACAGCAUCGAGGAAACGAAUCCGAACCUUCCAGCUGGUUGCGCAAAAAAUGGGAUGAAUUUUGGGAUAAGUUCUGGAAUUCAGUUAUUCCAGGGAGGCCAACACUAGCAAAGAUCGUUGUGCUAGGAACAAUAUUUAUCACCAUCGCCCUGGUUCUUGGUAUAGCACUAUUCAUUUAUGUGUAUCGUAAAGUGCAUCCUGAAUAUAAUGCACUCAUGAAUGACCUCCUACAGGGGAAAAGAAUUUUCAAGUCUGAAUCGCAAAUCGGACUCUACAGUUUAAUGAUGCCGCAAGAACCUGUAGUCCUCCAGAAACAUCAAAAUGCUAGACGUAAAAGGGACAUUGAAGAGGUUGGAGACUAUGAAGACCAAAAUGCCCAUCCCUCUAAUAAUUGGUUUAUGGCGGCAUCACAGUACUUUCUCGAGGAUGAACAGGAGAAUGGAGAGGAAAGUAUGGAAGAAGAGAGCAGAGAGGAAAGUACAUAUGAGGAAUUUAAAAAGAAAAUAAAUCCUAAAAACGCAAUUAAGAACUAUAAGGCCAAGAUGAAGGAACUAAAAAGUAAAAUAAAAGAUAAGAAUGUUGCCAUCCAAAUGCAGGUAAAGAACGCCAUGAAGGCCAAAAACAUCAAGGAGGCAAAAACUAUCUUGGCGAAAAAGACUAAAAACAUCAAGGAGGCCAAAAACAUCAUAGUGGAAAAAGCUAAAAAUAUCAAGAAGGCCAAGAAAGUGUCAAAAAAGGCCAAAAACACCAAGGUCCAAAAAAUUAAAGGUCAAAAACAUCGAAAGAAAUGAAAGUAAGAUCCUCAUCUUGCCAAUGUGAUGACAUUUUAUUGCUGAAAUGUACUAAAGUGAAGUUAAAUCCUUUCAUUGUUGCAUAAACAAUAUGCUCUAUAUUAAAUAAAUCAAAUA